GAAAAAUCCAAGUAGAAGUUUGGUAGGGGAUAACUUUAAGGAGGGCACUUUAGUAUCAUCGUCAUCAUUAAAGUAUUAAUCGGCCACCGCAUCCGCCCGUACAUUCUGAGAUCUUCAUUUUAUUUCUCUCUCUCCGUCUUUCCGGUCUUUCUGAACCGGACCAAACCGAGCCGUAAAAAUGGGAGUGCCAGCGUUUUACAGGUGGCUCGCGGAUCGGUACCCCCGAUCUAUUGUCGAUGUCGUGGAGGAUUCACCCACCGCUGCCGCAAGCGGUGUUCCGUUUCCCGUCGAUGUUUCUAAACCUAAUCCCAACGGCAUAGAGUUUGACAACUUGUACUUGGACAUGAACGGCAUAAUUCACCCUUGUUUUCACCCUGACGGCAAGCCAGCACCUGCUACCUAUGAUGAUGUAUUUAGAUCCAUCUUUGAUUACAUUGACCAUCUCUUUUCGUUGGUUCGCCCAAGGAAGCUUCUUUAUCUUGCAAUCGAUGGUGUUGCACCAAGAGCCAAAAUGAACCAGCAACGAUCUCGGCGUUUUCGAGCUGCAAAAGAUGCAGCUGAGGCUGAAGCUGAAGAGGAAAGGCUUAGGAAAGAAUUUUCCGAUCAGAUAGAACUUUUGACUUCUAAAGAGAAACCUGAGACUCAUGACUCAAAUGUCAUUACUCCUGGCACUCCAUUUAUGGCAGUGCUGUCGGUGGCACUUCAGUAUUACAUACAAACUAGAUUGAAUUACAAUCCUGGCUGGCGGAAUACAAAGGUCAUGCUUUCUGAUUCAAAUGUUCCUGGCGAGGGAGAACAUAAAAUAAUGGAAUAUAUUCGAUUACAACGUAACCUUCCUGGUUUCAAUCCAAAUACUCGGCAUUGUUUGUAUGGAUUAGAUGCUGAUUUGAUAAUGUUGUCCUUAGCUACACACGAGAUUCAUUUUUCAAUAUUGAGGGAGGUAAUUACUUUUCCUGGACAACAGGAGAAAUGUUAUAUGUGUGGCCAAGUUGGUCAUCUUGCAGCUGAGUGUCGCGGUAAGCCAGGUGAUAAAGCUGAUGACUGGAAUCCUGUUGAUGAUACCCCAAUUCACAAGAAAAAAUAUCAGUUUCUUCACAUUUGGGUGCUACGUGAAUAUUUGCAAUAUGAAAUGAUGAUUCCCGACCCUCCAUUUGAGAUUGACUUUGAGCGCAUAGUAGAUGAUUUUGUAUUCCUAUGCUUCUUUGUUGGCAAUGACUUUCUUCCGCAUAUGCCAACAUUAGAGAUACGUGAGGGGGCUGUGAAUUUAUUGAUGCACAUCUAUAGAAAGGAGUUCACUGCCAUGGGUGGUUAUCUUACUGAUGCCGGUGAGGUUUUCUUAGAGAGAGUGGAGAAUUUCAUUCAGUGCGUUGCUGUCCAUGAAGAUCAAAUAUUUCAGAAACGAGUUCGGAUUCAGCAGGCUCAAGAAUUUAAUGAAGGGAUGAAAGCUAGGGCAAGAGGAGAAAUGCCUGAAGAGCCACGGGCCUCAGCUGUAGAUAAGGUUAAGUUAGGAGAGCCUGGAUACACGGAAAGGUAUUAUGCUGAAAAGUUUGGUGCAUCUGAUCCAGAGGAGAUUGACAGAAUUAAAAAAGAUACAGUCUUGAAAUAUGUAGAAGGCCUUUGUUGGGUUUGCCGGUAUUACUAUCAGGGUGUCUGCUCAUGGCAGUGGUAUUACCCGUUCCAUUAUGCUCCUUUUGCUUCUGAUCUUAAAGAUUUAGCUGACCUGGAAAUAACUUUUUUUAUGGGAGAACCAUUCAAACCAUUUGAUCAGCUCAUGGGGACUCUACCCUCUUCAAGUUCAAGUGCACUGCCCGAAAGAUAUCGGGAUUUGAUGAUUGAUCCUUCAUCACCUAUUCUUCAAUUCUAUCCUUCUGAUUUUGAGAUUGAUAUGAAUGGCAAACGGUAUUCAUGGCAGGGGGUUGCCAAGCUGCCAUUCAUCGAUGAGAAGAAGUUGCUUACUGCCACAAGGAAGCUUGAAGGCACAUUAACGAAGGAGGAGCAGCAUCGAAAUAGUAAGAUGCUUGAUUUGCUUUAUGUCAGCUGUGCACAUAAGUUGGUUCCACAGAUCUUAUUCUAUUACCAUAAUUAUAGUCAUUUGCCUCUUCAAGAAAGACCUGUUCUGCCAAUUGACCACAGUGCUAGCGAUGGUAUGAAUGGAUUUUUGUGGUCAUUUGAAAGAAAUGUGUUCAGAACAGUUGUAUCCUCUCCCAUCAGAGGGUUUCAGGAUAUUGAGUGUAAUCAAGUUUUAAAUAUUACUUAUCUUAAUCCUCGUAGUCAUAGGCAUAUCCCAAAGCCUCCGGAUGGUGUAGUAAUGCCCAAAAAGAUAUUAAGAGCCCUUGAUAUUAAACCUCUUCCUAUGUUAUGGCAUGAAGACAAUAGUAGGCGGCAGCAAGGCAGACCAAGACCACAGGUACCUGGAGCAAUAGCUGGCCCUCAACUUGGAGAAGCAGCUCACCGUCUUGUCAGAAACUCCCUUCAGGUCAACAAUUCAUCCUAUGGAUUAUCGGACCAACUUCCAGGCCAUCAUACAAUGCACAGGGUCAGACCAACUGGAGCCUCUGGAUCUGGAAAAUAUUAUGGUGAGGAAACAAACAGUUAUUAUGGACAACAUUACAGUCCCCAGGGCCUAAUGAACAGGCCUAGAUUUCCGAUGCCGUCUAAUGGUGUGCCAAAUGACAGACAGAAUUUUAGAAUACAAGAUAGGUCGCAAUAUCAUGAACAGUUCCACAACAUGAAAACUGGAUUUCAUGCGUUGACAAUGGAUGAAGGUGUGAGACCUAGAUCAUCUGCAGUACCUUUACAAAAGACACCUGCAAUGAUGUUAAUGAGGCAGCCAAAUUCAGGGCACACAACCAAUCUACAACCCCAAUUUGUGCAGAAUAUUGGUCCUCCUAUACCACCUCCAAAUUGGAUUAGUAAAGCUCCAGAUACGAAUGGAAUAUAUGCUAGGCAUCAAGAAGCUGCAUUGGGAGGAGCUUAUGAUAAACCCAUAAAGAAGGUGUACCAAGUUAAAACCCGUCAGCCCCAAGAUAUGCCAGAGCAGGGGAAUCAAUGGUGAUUGUGGUGGAUUUUAUUUGUCUUAUUUGACUGGAGCAAUCUUGCUUCUCUCAGCCCCAGACUUGAGCUCAUACAAGUUCGUUACUGGAGUUUUAGGGGGCAUUUGUUUGACACCGUAAUGUAAUAGGCAGACAAAUGCUUAUCAAAAGCCAUCAAAGACAUUCUGCAGGGAAGGUGCGGCCAUUAUCUGCCACACUGCUUCUCCUCAAAUGUGGUCCAGGCUUGUUCCAGUUGGAAUGGUGCGAGAGCCAUGAGAUGUUCGUGGUUUUCCUACUUGGUCGAGGCCGAUGGAGGAAACGAAUUAGAUUAAUGUAAAUCAAGUGUGUUAUAAAAUGAUGCUGGGCUCGGGGACUUUUUAUCCUGUACGGUGCCUGAAUUGAACUGACAAUUGGAAAUAGUUUGGAGACACAAGUGAAAAGGCAAUUGUUGUCUUUCAUUUUUGUUCUUUGUUUCUGCUUUUUUAACCUUUAAUGUUAUGUAACGUUUGGUCGUCGUAGUAGGAUGAAUGUCCAAAAUUAUAUUAAAAAGAAUAUUGUUCACAGUUUAUCUGUUCGCCCUGCACUGAUUCAAAGCCAAAUUACAUAUUUUGAUGGUAUCUGUCUAAAUCAAUACACAAUUUCGU